GCAAUAACAAAACGAGAAACUGUCAAAUUGACAGCAAGGGUGCGACAAACCAGCUGAUUUCAAUGAUGUAUGCAAGUUCUAAAUGUAACCUCUUCAGAGAAAAGUGAUCAAAACAAACAAAUUUUGUGAUGGCUCUGAAGAGAGGAUUAUUUCGUUUAGCUGAAACGUACAGGCCUUCGCGGCCCCACAUCAGGGCGCGAUUACUGGCCACACAGUCCGCUGCCAACAAUGAAGAGAGACAAAGCAAAAACCAAACUCAUUUUGGAUUUCAAACUGUUGACGAAAAUGAAAAAACUAAGAAAGUUCACGAAGUAUUCGAAACGGUAGCAGGCAAGUAUGAUCUAAUGAAUGAUGUAAUGUCCUUUGGAAUACAUAGAGUAUGGAAAGACAUAUUCAUGGCUCGCUUGGCACCAAUGCCGGAAACCAAUUUACUGGAUAUGGCUGGAGGGACAGGGGACAUUACAUUUAGGUACAUAAAAUAUCUUCAAAAUCUUCGUUCAAAACCUACAGAAGGAGCUCGCAGCUCUGUCACAGUGUGUGACAUAAACCAGGCCAUGCUGGAUGUAGGAAAAGUCAGAGCAGAAAGGUUAGGUUACACAAAGGAAUCCAGUGGUGUGGACAUAGAUUGGUUGUGUGCUGAUGCUGAACAGCUUCCAGUAGCGGACGACACCUACACAGCAUAUACUAUUGCUUUUGGCAUCAGAAACUGUACCCAUAUUGAUAAGGUUUUAGAAGAGGCAUACAGAGUGCUAAAGCCGGGCGGACGCUUUAUGUGUUUGGAGUUCAGUCAAAUACCUAACGAGGCUUUACAGUGGGCAUACGACCAGUACUCGUUCCAAGUGAUCCCGGUGUUGGGUCAGCUGGUGGCCGGCCAGUGGAAGCCGUACCAGUACCUCGUCGAGAGCAUCAGGCAGUUUCCUAAUCAGGAGAAAUUCAAGAUGAUGAUAGAAGACGCAGGAUUCAGACAGGUGGCCUACGAAAACCUCACGUUCGGAACCGUGGCCAUCCACUCCGGCUUCAAGAUCUAAUUACGUACUCUAUUGUUUAAGAUUAGAAAUAGCAAUGUUCAUUUACA